CGCUCGCUGUGCUCCACGUCGCGCCCCUCAGUCUCUCGCUCGACGAUGUCCGACAAUCCUACAUCUAUGUCUGCCGGUGAGGAUGCCUCACAGAUGACGCCCGCUGGGCAGACGAGUCCUCCAAAGGAUCAGUCAGAUCAGUCGACGACCGCUCAGCUUAAUGUUCAACCCGAUGAUCCUGCCCUGUCUCUUCGCCAGAAAGCUCUGCUUACUCUCCGUCGUAAACCACUUGCUCCUAGCCAUGCUCCGACAGUCGCUCCUACUCCGCCUCAGCGUCCUGUCUCGGACACUCCUACCAUCACACUCGACUAUGGCCAGGAAGAGCCCUCUGUGGCCACUAGUGCUGUCUCUAAGCCAUCCAACGGCCUACCAUCUUCCACUUCCGCUUCACAUCCUACACCUAUUCCCGAGCACUCAAGUAUACCUAUCAUGCCUCGUUCAGAUCUCCCGAACAAGCCCGAACAACCUCCGCCCGCGCAACCCUCCACCGCGGCCGAUAUCUCCAUGCGUGAGGAAGGCGAAAUCAGUGACGAAGAACCGGAACCGGAACCCAAACCUCCCCCCAAGGCUCCUGCCUCUCGCAAAGCUCCAACAAAGUCGACAGGAAAUUCGUCAAGAAAGCCCAAAACACCUCCACCCCCUCCGCCAACCUCAGCAUCAGCCACGAAUAAAGCGCAACCGCCCAAAGCCCCAACUCCCAAGCCAUCUGUUGUCAUCAAGGCCGAACCAGAGUCUCCACGACCAUCAUUGGCGAGUCGAGUUGGUCCUCCGGCGCCCGUCAGUCCUGCUAAAACCGUCGUGGCCACUUCUCCAUCAUCUGCACGCAAGAGAAAGGAGCUCGUUCUCGAUGAGGAACAUGUUCGACCGGGUCUCAGCAUGACACAGCACCAGUACAACACAGCAAAGGACACUGUGCUCGACCUUCUCGGCUGGGGUGUGCCUCCUGAAUACCUCGUUGACUGCGGCUUAUCACGCGAAAUCGUGUUCUACAUCUUUCACGAACUGAACCUCCGACUUCCCACCAAUCUCGACACCAAUGGUAUCGUCCCCUACCCUCCUCCUCCGGAACUCCUAGAGUCUUUAUUCCAGUUGCCUCCCGAGCCCAAGUCUCUGGGAUCCGCCUCUGGUACCGCCGCGAAUGGGUCGUCCCUCGACCGCCGUCGCAAUUCUGCUGGCCAUCCCAGUCUCCCAGCAAAGCCUCAAGGUGCGACAACUAUGGAAAUCGAUUAUUCGCCGUCACUGAAUUCUCUCUCAGUUACCGCACCCGCCUUUGUGCCCUUGAAUAUUCCCAAACCGUCCACGACGGCACCCGUCCUCCCGCCUCAGCCAACCGUGUCUUCCAAUCUUGCUGAUAUGGAACAACAACGGAGACAAGAGUUGCUUGCGCGCAAAGCGGUCCAGGCCUCGCGCAAGCAGCGUAAAGACGCUACGUUACCGACAUCUGCAGCUGUCACGCCUAUGGAAGUCGACUCACCGUCACAACCACUUGCGCCUGCUGCUACUGUCGAAGACUUCCUCAAGACCAUUGAACCCACAACCAAUACUCCUGUACCACUCGCACAGACCCACGCUAGUACGCUCAUCGUGAAUAGUCCCGAACGGAUGGACGUCGACGAUGACAUUCCUGGUCUCGGGAGUACCCAUUCUUCCUUUCAGGACUAUCAUGCCGCCCCAUCGACCUCCCGACUAUCCGUGGUGACUACUCUUCCGCCACAGCAAGCGCAGGAACCAGAAGAGCCUCCUUCGAACGAUUCGGCCGAUCUUUCGGAUGUUGCGAGUUCCUCUGGAGACCCCCAGGAGACCCCCAUCUCUGCUGCAGUAGUUCCCUCGACCGACACACCUGUGGACAACAACGAGCACCCUUCGCGGAGUAGUAGCAGCAGUUCAAUCCCACCCGGUUCGGCGAAUGACGAUGGUUUUGCUUAUCCAUCAGCGUAUAUCCCUACCGGACCUCGUCGUGGCACAAAACGUCCCGUCGCUGCCGACUUUGUCGACAUCGACGGUGAACCUGGCAAUAGGGCGGGACCUUCACGCCAGAACUCAACGAACGGAUUUUCUCAGGGGAUAGCGCACCAUCCAAACCCGCAUGUUCGGAGGAAGAUGAACGCCGCGUCGUCACUCGGAGGAGGUUUCGCGGGACUGAGUGGCAUGCGGCGAUGUGUGAUUGAUUUGAGCGACAGCGAUGACGACGAGGAGGUUGAAGGUGAACUGAUGGUCGACUCUCCUGCACCGAGGCCUGCAAGUGCAUCAGGGAUUGUGACUGGGACUGGAACACCGAAAGUACCCUCGUUGUUAGGUGGCUUGAGCGCGCCGUCAAACGCCGCUGCACUGGAGUUGAAGAUUCAGAAGAUGCGUGAGGCGAUUAAAGAGCGAGAAGAACAGAGGCUCAGAAAGAUGUCUGCGAUGUCGAAUCGUUCGACGCCCACGACGCCGACGCUCACACCUGCGCUGGCCGCAGGCUUUUCCCACCUGGCCUCAUCGGCUCUAGCUCCCGACUCUGACAUGGCCGACGCCGAGAUGUUGAAUGCGGACGAACCCGGGAUUUUGGCGGCUUCUGAGACUGAACUCGUGUCGCCCGCGCCGCCACUAGCCCAACGCGAUCUGUCGUCACAAUCGCCUCGACCUGCGAAUUCGGCAGCUCCGCACCACAUCCCAGACGAACAAGGCAAGCGCCCAUACCCUUUCGCUCCGUCUCCACCCGCCUCGUUCGUUCCAUAGUCGUUGACCCACCUGUCCCUUUCCCUCUCUUCGCUUUUCCAUUCUUCCCUUCAUUUGGAAUGUUCUCUUCGGGUGGUCCCCAUUUGGUCAUCCUGGUUCGUUUGUCCAUUUUUACGUGUGGCACUCGCUGCUCAGUUCUCACGGCUGAGGCUCAACAAGAACAAGUGGCAAGGAUCCCUUUCACCCUUUCGUAUCCGACACAAACCGAUCUCCUCUGAUUGCUGUCCUUCUGCUCUAUAUUAUUGCUUCUCGGCCGUUUACGCAUCUCAAAUUUCGCUGUGCUUCUCACAACAAUGUUUUUCUUUCUUGGAUCAUUCGUUCUUGUCAUUCGGUAUCCUUUGUCUGUCUGUUUUUCUUCUUCUUCUUUUGUUUGCCGUCUCUCUUCUGGUCUCCUCCCCCUUCUAGGUCUCACCCGAGUCAGCGCAGCAGCGCCACGCAAGCGUCGAUGCACCCGCAUCGGCCGAGGUAUGUGCUCCCCGACGUCUUUCGCUGAAGGCCUACAGCUAGAUGUCAUAGCCCCUAUCAUACUCCUACUCACGCUUUCCUGGAACCCUCGUCUCUUACCAGGAGCCCAACACGGCCGUUACCGCCAACUCGCUGGAAGUUCAUCCUCACUUCAAGCCCUAUAGCUCAAUAUUCUCGUCUUACCCACUCCUUCCUCUCGAAGUGUCUUCUGGUGCCGUGUCAACGUUUCCCAACAACAAUGCGACGGCCAGGCCUCCAUCUCUACCUGACUUGCAGCCGCUUAAGUAUCAGACUUUUAUUCGGACUCUAUCUAGUCAACAGCUCCAAGACGCACGGCUCUGCCAAUACGAGGUCCCUGGCGGAGGUGAAUGUCGGGAUGCUCAAUGCGAAGACCUUCACCUGAGCCGGAUGCCGGCCGAACCCAGCGGUGCGCCCCCUCCUCAUCUCUUGCAUGCACCCUCAUCUUUCGUUGUCUUAUCCCACCUCUCCACCCUGGGUUCCAUUCGUGUCAAUGCUCUUCUAUCUCCCCUUGUUCUUUUUCCCCUUGAGUACAGAUGAAGAGACCGCAAGCUACCUUCACGGAGCUCUUCCGGGAGAUCUCCAGUCGCGGGUCGGGCCAAGUCGACUGCUAGAAGAACUCCGACAAGCACGAACUAGUCAAUCACCAGCUGGCCUCGAUGCACGCGUAGGCGCGGUUUGGGCGACUUUGUUUGGACCUGUGGCAGCAUCGGCGCAAUGAGUCGACAGCGAUGACCGACGUUUGGCGCGGCGCCUGAAGACAGACGACGCGAGACCUUGGUUCGGAUGGGUUGCAGGGCGCGCGUUUUGUGGCCCCGCCGGGGUUAAUCGGCGCCAGCUCGAGGGGACGAGCGAGCGCCUCGAGCUGUGACCAUGGCGACGGGGCUAUCAAAGCGUGCGAGCGAGCGAGGACGUCUUUGUCGGCUAUCGUCUCCGGGAGGAGGUUGACGAGGAGGUCGAGUCGGGCUCGGCGGCGCAAAGAGGGGCGUAGAAGGGCUGCGGUAGUGGUACACAUGAUGACGAAAGAGACAUUUACGGGUGGCAGGAAAAGAGCGCUUGUGGGCGCCCUCGGGGGGAUUCCCCCGAGAUAUGCAGCGAGAAGAGGCGCGGACUGGGUGGUUGUACUGGAUUGAUUGUAUUCGAGGCUGUUUCUUUCUUUCUUCUUGUUUGCGAUGAUGUAUAUGAUGAUGAAUUCGGAAGUGAAUUGGC